AAGAACGAGACAGACUGUCGUCGUCGAUAUAACAUCAGCAACUCCCCUCUCAAACGACCUCGGAAAUUCGAGGAGGAAAAAGUGUGCUCCUGUAUAUAAGGAGGCUCGUACAAUCCUACUACGUUGAUAUAUCGUCGGCGUUCGUUACGAAUCAGAGUUUGAUCGGAGGUUUUAUUUGGCAUUCAGUUUUCAAUCCUCUCUCGUUCUUCGAGAACGAAGAGUUCUCCGAUAGUGUGAGAAAAAGAAAAAUUAAAAGUGGUGAAAAUGAGGUGCCACAAAAGCAUCAUGAUCCUUGUGAGCUUAGCGGCUGUGAUGAUGACCACCAACGCUGCCGUUGGCCGACCUAAUCUCGUCUUCACCAUGUGUAUACCAGAAAUAUAUUGGAAGGAAUGCGUACAGAUGAUGGAAGAUUCAGCAAGCAAAGGAAUUCCCAUUUCUUGCAUUUCCGGUCGUGAUCGAUACGAAUGCAUAGAGAAGGUCGGUAGAAAAGAGGCUGACGUAGUCGCUGUCGAUCCGGAAGAUAUGUAUUUAGCUGCAAAAGGCAACGAAUUAGCUUCGAAGGCUGGAUACAACGUCGUAGAACAGGUGAGAACAAAAGAAGAACCGGAUGCGGCCUAUCGUUACGAAGCAGUUGCUGUGAUUCAUAAGGAUCUGGAUAUACACGAUGUUCAGGGACUCCGUGGUUUGAAGUCUUGUCACACUGGUGUUGGACGUAACGUUGGUUACAAAAUACCCAUUACAAAAUUGACAGCUAUGGGUGUUCUCGGUAACAUAAAUGAUCCAGAAUAUUCUGCUCGCGAGAAUGAACUUCGGGCAUUAAGCUCACUCUUUAGCAAAGGUUGCUUAGUUGGAACUUGGUCCCCGGAUCCAGCAAUAAAUCAAAGACUCAAGGAAACGUACAGCAACAUGUGCGCACUUUGCGAAAAGCCAGACAUCUGUGAUUAUCCAGAUAUCUAUUCGGGUUACGAAGGUGCUCUUCGUUGUCUCGUUCAUAACGGUGGAAACGUUGCCUGGACAAAAGUUAUCUACGUUAAACGAUUUUUCGGAUUGCCGGUCGGCGUUACACCUGCGGUCCCAACAAACGAAGAUCCAAGUAACUUCCGUUACUUCUGUCCAGAUGGUACAAAGGUACCGAUCAAUGCUGAUACCAAACCCUGUACUUGGGCUGCUCGACCAUGGCAAGGAUAUAUGGCUAAUGAUGGAGUGAAUAACAUAGAAGCCGUUCAAAAAGAAUUAACGGAAUUAGGACAAUUGGGUGAGAAGGAAAAGGCUGCUUGGUGGAAAGAUUUGAUGUUGCUUGAUGAAAAAACUCUGGCUGUUGCUUCAUCACCUAUCAGUCCUGAACAACAUUUGAAAGACGCCAAAUACUUGGACGUCAUUGAAAGAAACUCAGGUGCACCUGAAAGGAACGCUCGCUUGUGUGUAUGGACUCAGGAUGCUUUAAAUAAGUGCCGUGCCUUGAGUAGAGCAGCUCACUCAAGAGAUGCUAGACCCAGACUGAGUUGCUUAUUGGAGAAGGAUCAAGAUGCCUGUUUGGUAGCUGUCAGAGAUGAUGGUGCUGAUUUAGUAGUCGUUGAUGGUGGAUCGGUACUGCGUGCAAUAACGGACUUCAAUGCGCAACCAAUUAUUUCAGAAGUAUAUGGAAGUGGUUCAACAAAAUACAGCGAAAGACCGGCAGUUGUUGUUGUUAAGAAAGGCAGCUCUAUCAGUGGACUUGCCGAUUUGAGAGGUAAACGAUCUUGCCAUAGUGGCUACAGAAACGAUUUUGCUGGAUGGUUGGCACCGAUUCACGCUCUUAAGAAAGCAAAUUUGAUUAAGUCGGAAGACGAUGUAGCAGAAUUCUUUGCUGGCUCCUGCGCACCUGGUGCACAGCCAGGAUCGAAAUUGUGUCAACAAUGUGUUGGUAACAUUGCAUCCAACGACGACAAGGUAACCGAAGCAACUAAGUGUAAACCAACUGAGGCAGAAGCUUUCAAAGGAGGCCAAGGAGCUAUCAAAUGUCUGACUUCAGAUAAAGGCGAUGUGGCUUUCUUGCCUCUACCUGCUCUCAUGGAAAUUGAUAAGAAGAACGAGUCUGAAGGUGGCGUGAAGACGUCAGACUUUAUGUUGGUCUGUCCUAAUGGUGGUUUAGCACCAGUGGAGGAAUGGUCCAAAUGCAAUCUAGGAUUAGAACCACCUCGCAUUAUUUUAAGCUCUGCUGGAAAAACAGUACAUGCUUUGGACGAAUUGAAACACGGUGUUUUGGCAGCCAGUACGAUUUACUCUAAAAAACCAGAUCUCUUACAACUAUUUGGUAGCUGGGGUGGACAUGCCAACGUAUUGUUCAAAGACGAUGCAACUAAUCUUAUCUCAGUCGACAAUUCAUGGACCCAAUGGAACACGUGGGCUACGACAAAAGCAAGUUACAAAGUCGAAGCUUAAGAGGUUUAAGGAAUCCGUCGCUUCUUCGCUAUCAUGUCAAUAAUCCUUGUAAAUAAAUGCAAUCCCUGUUAAGUGGUUGUAAAUGAUCGAUGAGAACCAUUAUAUACAUAUAUAAACAUA